UUUUUUCCCUCACGCUCUUUUUGAUAGUACCUAUGCCUGCCAACAGGGCACCUUCGAUCGAUGGCACAUCGAUGGGCUGCUGUCAAAAAUCUUAAAAUAUUUUUAAAAUAAAAGCAAAUAAUUAACAAAUUUACUUAUCGCAAGUUUAAUAUUUUGUAAUUAUCUUUCAGUUUCAAUCACCGCAAUAGAAUCGCUUGUUCAUAGCAGCACCACCGAGUUAGUAAGAGUGAAAGUGUGUUGGUUUUCCAUGAUAGUGACGAGGCUACUUGUAGCCGUCUUAGCAUAUGUGAGGUUGGCUGGUGAAUGUUACGUAAGCGGUGGUAGUGCAGCAUGUCGUGGAUGAAGCGGGCUCCGGGCGGGCCACCGCCGCCCGCCGAGCAGCAGUUCGCCGCGCCCCAGCAAUAUGGCAACCAACAAAAUGCAUACCCGAACUAUCAGAGUGGUGUGAGUGGCAGUAACCCUCCUCAGCAAUACUGGCAAGCCCCUCCACAACCACAACCCACAUACAAUCAGCAAUAUGGACAAGUGUAUCAGCAGCCAGCGGACUAUGGAGGCAAUGCAAACCAGUUCUACCAACAACCACAGCAACAACAACAAUAUUCCCAGAACUUCCCCAACCAAACCUACAGCAACCCUCAGCAGGGCUACCAACAAAAUUACUAUCAGAACCAAGGAGUUCCACAACAACAACAAAAUUAUGUUCCUAACAAAAACAAUGACGGCUGGGAAGACAACUGGAACUGGGGAUGGGAAGACCAGUCUAAAGCUCAGAAAGGGUCAGGGGCCUCUCAAUCAGCGCAACAGGCUCCGCCACCUGUGUAUAACAAUGCUAAUGUUAUAGAAGAGAGCUUUACUUCCACCGACAGCUGGAACUGGGCCAUGGAAGAAAAGAAAGAGGUUAAAGACCAUCACCCUGCUGGCGGCCAGGGAGCACUGCCACCCCAAACAGGGCAAAGUAUUGCACCCGCUCCAGAUCAUAAUACAAGACAAGAAUCAUCUCAGCAUGAACCACCACCACCAUCCGUUACAGAAGAAGUGCGAACGCUUAACGACACAGAAGUUGUCAAAGAACAAUUACCUAAUCUUGCACUUGGGAAACGUUUCCACAUAGAUAAUUUAACUCCUCAGUGGUCUAUAGAGUCACAAAUGUCACAAGAUUCUAGUGACGGCCCUCAGACACAAUCUGAAGGUACUUUUAGAAGUGAAAUGCAGUCUCGGAACUCUGACAAGUCAAAUUGUUCUCACCACAGUCUUGAUGAGCCAUACUCCCAGAAUGCCGAUUGGUCUCAACAAUCUUUAGAUGAACCUACACUAGCAGAUAAUGUUCCUAAAACGAAUCAGACUGAAAGUCAUAACGAGCUAACCAACUCCUUUCAAGAUAUGAGUAUAACUAAUAGUCAGAAUCCAGCCCCUGAUUCUUCUGUAGCCAAAGAGCCACUUCCUGUUAGCUGUCAAGAAAAUUUAAUGCCCUUAUUACCACCCCCUCCUUCUCUAACACCUAAUUUCUCAAUGCCUCAUCCUAACAACCAGCCCCUACAUCCUCCACCCACCUCUUCACAAUCCUCUUCAUCUUUACCCCCUCCGAUAUCUGGUUCUUUGCCUCCACCAGCCAGUUUCCCUCCACCACUCCAGUCUUCAAAUCCAUUCAAACACGCUGGGCCAUUUUCACAUAAAAGUAAUGCAGCGAAAGUGCCAUCAGGAACAAACCUAACACCGAGCCAGCCAUUCCCGCCUCCAACAUCCAGCUCUACUUUGACGUCACCCGCGGCAGUCAACAAAGCAUCGCAUCAAAGCAGGGGCCCUGUGGGGUAUGGGGCUAAUUUAGAAACAACUCCUGACAACUCUGAGAGACCUGAUCAUCCUCAAGUGAUGCCUUUCAAACCCAUGCAAGUUGCUCAGCCAGUCCCAGAGAAUUUGGAAGUGGCUCCAAGGAGCGAUAGAAAUGAAUAUUUACAAACGGCACAUCUGUCCAGUGGGGAUUAUGGAGAAAAUACAGAUUUCAGUAGAAACCCCCCUCCAGGCUUGAGGAGGAUGGUAGUCGGGCAGCAGGAAUCUGAAUACAAUCAGACUUUAAAUUUAUCAGGGGAUGAGCCACCUCCGGGGCUGGCUAGAAUGGUGCCAGGGCAACAAAAUGAAGCUGAGAAUAGCUACAACCAGGCCAGUGACAAUUAUUUAGAUAGACACAUAGACGGGCAGCCGACAGAGAGCGGCGCGCGGCCGUACAGACAAGCGGACGGCCAGCAGACGCCCGACAACUACACGCAACCGUCGCGGGCCGCGGAGAGGCGGCCUGUAGGGCUGGCCAGGAUGGUGCCCGGGGAGCCUAGCAAUGAUGAAUAUUCUCAAUACCAGGCCCCGAGCUAUGCGAGCAACGAGCAGCGCGUCGUGACGGGAGUCGACCGCGACUACCCCGUGCAGGCCGACGCGGGCCCCUCUGAUGUCAGGGAACAGAACGUUGAUGGUUCUGAUUACACGGUGCAGACUACGAGGAACAACGACUUAACUCCCGAUUUUACCGGAGCGCCGGAAGAGCAGCAACGGGAGGUCACCAUGGAGGGGGAGAAUCUGCAAGACUUGAGCAUCGUGUCGUCCACGGAGGUGUCUUUCUCGCGGGAGCACACUCUGGACGGCGCCGACGUGACCGCGACGGACCUCGCGACCGACAGGAAGACGGACGCGUCGGACUCGCUCGACCACCCGGCUACCAGUUCGAGGAGGCAGUCGCUCAAUCACGUUAACACUUCGGGGGAUGAUUCGGAGAGAGAUAGGUUAUUUAAGAAUUCUCCGAGGAGAGAUAAGCACAGGAGUGCUCGAGAUCGUGACCGUGAGAAGGAAGGGCGGUACUCCCGCGGGGACAGGAAGGCGGAGCGCGGCGAGCGCUGGGAGCGCGACGAGAGCCCCGGCGCCCGGCGGCAGCGCCGCGGCGCCCGCCCGCGCCGGUACGACACCGAGGAUACCGACUAUUACAGCGACCGGGAAAGAGAGCGAAGGCGUUACCGGGAGGGUUCGUACGCGUCGAAGCCGCCGCGACCAGAGGAUAAGGACCGGCGCUACGAAGAUCGCGACCGCAGCCGCAGAUACAACACGAUCGAGCGGGACCGCCACCACGUGGACGAGCGGGACGGCACAAGCCGCCGCCGCGAGCGCGAGCGGGACAGGCAUAGCGAACGCCGCUACAGAGACAUAGAUCCAGCGAGGAAGUACGGCAACCUGCGACGCGAGAGGGACGAGGAGGAGAGAAGGCGCGAAGAGUUGGGAUCUCCGUCACGUGCGGAGUCCCGCGAGCCGCGCGCAGACGAAGAGCGCCGCUACCGCGAGCGAGACAGGCGCUCCAGGCAUGCGAGGCCUUACUACGAUGACGUUUACGGCGCCGGCUACUCGGACCCUUACCAGUUGCAGCGCGCGCAGUACGAGUACUACGAGCACCUGCGACACACCGACCCGGCCGCCUACAUGCAGGUCUACAAGCAGAUCCUGGCCGGACAUCCGCCGCCGCCCGACCGAGCCGCUAGAGGAUUCGUCUCCCUCCGCGACUUCCAGCCCGAGGAGCGCGGCUCCGUGCACUCGGGCCGCUCCAGCGCCAAUGAUCUCAAAGGAAAUGACACGCUGUACGGGUACCGUGCGGCAGGCGGCGCGGGGUCGCUGCGGGGCGCGGGGAACGUGUCCCUCAGGACCGACCUCUCCGACAGGGAUCUUAACACGGACGCGUCGCUGAACCUCCAGCUUGAAGAGUCCACGGUGCGCUCCGAGCGCAUGACGCCGUUCAAGUAUUCAACUGCGCAUAUUAAGGGCAGCGUGUCCAGCCGCGACGUGGUGGUGGUGAGGCCGUCGUACCCGGUGGACGGCGCGCCCGCCACCGUGCACGUGCUGGCGCUCGGCGCGGCGCUCCGGGCCGCCCGCGACCCCCACCAGGAGCAGCUGGCCGCGUACCCAGGACCUCUCGUCAAGGGCGUGACCCACAAGAAGAGUGUGAUCGAAUACUGCACGGCCCGAGCGCGAUCGGCUCACAAAGAUGGCCGCCGCGACCCCGUCGGGUACGCCCUGGUGUGGGAGCUGCUGGCCUUGCUGCUCACGCAGAAUGGGGUGGUAGAGGGCGCUGACAUCGCGGAGUUGCUGAUGAAGAACAAGAAGGAGUAUGAGUAUCAGCCGGUGCGGAACUCCGACACGCACCACGGCAGCCGCAGGGAGUCGUCGCUGUCGGGCUCGGCGCGCGAGGACGAGCGAGCGGAGCCCGAGCGAGCGGACGCCACGCUAGAUGUCUCGCCGGAACUCACACCACUGGAUCAGGGGAGCCAGCCGCCGGUGGAGCAGGCCGAGGCGCUGGACCGGCUGCGCGAGCUGCUGAUAUACGGCAACCGGCAGGAGGCCAUCGAGUGGGCGAUGCAGUGCGGGCUGUGGGGGCACGCGCUGCAGCUGGCGGCGCACGGGCCGCGGCGCGCGCGCGAGCUCGUGCUGGCGCGCUUCCUGCACGCGCAGCCGCGCGCCGACCCGCUGCACACGCUGUACGCCGCGCAGCAGGCCGCGCCCGCCGCCUCGUGCGUGGCGGGCGACUGGCGGCCGCACGCCGCCAUCGUGCUGGCCAACGCGGCCAGCUGCGGCGGCGGCGCGCGCGCGCUGGCGGCGCUGGGCGCGGCGCUGGCGGCGCGCGGCCGGCCCUACAGCGCGCAGUUCUGCCGCGUGGCGGCCGGCGCGCAGCCGCAGCCGCAUCCGCUGCAGCCGCUGCAGGCAGCUCCGGUGACGUCAAUACCGCAACUGUCGCUGCUGCUGGCGGACCACAACGCGCCGACGCUGAGCCAGUUCGCGACCAACGAGGCAAUCUUCGCGACCGAGAUCUACGAGUACGCGCUGUCGCUCCAUCAGGACUUCGUCAUCGAGUCAAUGCAUACGUACAAGCUGGUGCUGGCGAGCCGCCUGUGCGACGUGGGUGACUACGAGCGCGCGCUGGGCUACGUGGAGGCCGCGCGGGGCGCCGCCGAGCCCGCCGUGCGCCGCGCGCUCGCCGCCCUCGCCGACAGGCUGCAGCCCGCCGCCGCGCCGCCCGCCGCGCCGCCCGCGCCCGCGCAGCCGCCCUGGCUGCUCGACGUCUGCCGGCUCGCGGAUCAGCAGCCAUCGGCGGCGCCAUCUCCGCAGAGCACGCCGCAACAUCAGCUCUAUGAAAACCAACAGUACAACUCUAAUUGGGGAGAACAGAAUCAGUACCCCGCGCAGACAGCGCCGCCCUACGAGCCGGCCGCGGCGCCGCCGGAGGAGCCCCCGGAAUACGCGCAGUUCUACUACCAGCAGCAGCCGCCGCCGCCGCCCGAACUCGACAGCUCGCCGGCGGCCGCUGCGCCCGCGCACGAGGCGCAGCCCGCGCCGCCCGCCGACCCUGCGCCGCCGCAGUACUGGCAGCCGGAGCCCCACUACCACUACACUGAUCCGCCGGUAAGUACCGUGCGCCUGCGCAGGCCGCGCGCCGCCGCGGGGCCGCCGCCCAGCGAUGGGAACUUGCCGGCGAGGGAACAUCGGACACUAGCUACGGAAGGCUUGUCUGACUUGGACAUCCAACUGUCGCCCGGCGCGGCGCGCGGGGACCUGAUCCUGGGCACGGUGCAGCGCUGGGCCGCCCGCCCGCCGCCCCGCGCGCGCUACAGGCCUCUGGUCUUCGGCGGCACCUUCCCCAUAGACCGGCCCGAGGGGCUCCUCGAGCGGAGCGUGCAGCGGAGCGUGCGCCGGUUCGAAGAAGCGGUGUCGCGACGCGCCGCGCUCACCUAUCCGAUAGAUGCGCCGCGGACCUUUGAUAUAGAUGAGCCGGUGCCGCUGUAGCUAGUUAUUUCUGGCCAAAAAGUGUCUGACAAACUAAUUCGUCCGAUUAAGCGAAAAUGGAUCUAAAUAUACUAUAAUAAAGCACACACGCCUAAAUUUUGAAUGAGGAUGAUUACAUAGGUACAUACAUAAAUCAUGCCUCUUUUCCGGAGGGGUAGGCAGAGACCACAUCCUUGCCACGAUACCUGCACACUUCUUUCGCUUCAUCCACAUUCAUAACUCUCUUCACGCAAGCUCGUCGGUUUCGGGUACUCUUGACCAGAUCUUUUGCUAGAACAUCCCCAAGGUACAUUCAUCUAGGCCUUCCCACACCAACAGUCCCAUUCACACUUCCUUUGUAUAUUUGCUUAGUCAACCUGUUUUCAUUUAUCCUCUCGACAUGACCUAACUAUCUAAACAUUCCCUUUUCUAUUACUGUCACUAUAUCUUUCACAUCACAACAUUUCCUUAUCACGCUGUUUCUUAUUAUAUAUAGAGUAUAGAAUACUCCUAAGCGACCUCAUUUCCACCGCGUUUAUGGAGGAGAAUGAGUAAAUUUUAUAUUUUGGUAUUGUGUGCUUAAUUUCAGGAUAUUAAGAUGUAUUUUCGAAUGGCAUAUUAGGUACGUAUUAAAGUGAGGCCACUUAUAAAUUGAUUUUGCUCUCACUUAGAAUAUAGUUGCAUAAAGAAAAGCACAAAUGUUUUUAGAUUUAUCUCCUAAAUUUAUUCCAAGGCCUUAUUAAUAUAUGUACAUCUUUUCCACUUUCUCAUGGAUUACGAAUUGUUACUUGUACUCCCAUGGCUCGGUCCAAGUUUACAUAUAUAGCUAAAUAAUUAAGGCCUUGUAUUUAAACUAGACCAUGACAUAACCCGGCUAUAGAUACAAUAACUUGCACUUAAGUAAGUGAUGAAAAAAUAAUGAUAGUAAAUCUUAUUAAAUUCCUGAAUAAUAUGUACAUGUAUAAUUUUAUACACAGCAGGAUCCUACGUUAAAUUCUAAUACAUAAUAGGUACUUAAUUAGUCACCGCGGAUUACAAUGGAACCUAAUUUUAGAUCAUGGUUGCACAUUCAAUUGAUGUGCACGAUGUGCAGGUUUCCUCACGAUGUUUUCCCUCGCCGUCACCCAAUAAACAUUGCAGGAAAAAUCAAAGAAAUACUUAGAGUACAAAUAAAUAUUUACAUCAUAAUACAGAUGAAAGCAAUGUUGAUCUGUACUGUGUAUAAAAAUAUGUAUACUGCGUGUAAUAUAAAGUGAAAUAAAUAUUAAUAAACAUGUGUAAUGUAAACAAUUGUUACAUUGUUAUAUAUAUACAAACAUAAUAAUCAUGUCUUUAUCUCAUGCUGGGUAGACAGAGCCAACAGUCUUUAAAAACUGAUAGGCCACGUUUCAUCUGUUUUGCUUAUUGAUAGAAUUGAGAUUCAAUAGGUUGCCAGUCCAUCGCCUAAAAGUAGAAUCCUAAGUUUUUAAGCCUAUCCCUUAGUCGCCUUUUACGACUUCCAUGGGAACGAGAUGGAGCGGUCCUAUUCUUUUUUUUAUUGGUGCCGGGAAUCACACGACACACGUGUUUAUAAUAUUCAUUUCUCCUUUAAGUAGAAAAAUUAUGUAGAAUUGUAGUGAUAUGGUUAUUACUCCUGAGAUUAUUCAUAAUGAAUUAUGUUUACCAUAGAUUUAUUUUACCGUAUAUGUAUUAAAUUGGUGCGUUUAGUAUGUGAUAUCUCAGUAUUUUGAGUUUAUUGGAAGUCAUGAAUAUAUUUCAAGCCCUCUUGUUUUAUUAUUGAUAUUAAUGAAGAUAUAAUAAUUUGAUGGAAAUUGUUUAUUGUUAUGAAUUAAAUAUUAAAUACUAAUUAAUGUUCUUUCUUUGUAACAAGCACCUUAUUAUAAACAUAUUUAUUGAAAGAAGAAAUAUAUUAACGUGAAGGUUUAGUUUUUCAAAUGUUCAAUUAAAAUAAUAUUUUUGUACAAUUUGUUAUAAUCACACAAGUAUGUAAAAUUAUAUCAUUGAUCCCCCUAUGUCGGACAGCUGAGCAGGCUCAUGGUAAAUAUAUCUUUUAAUUAUCUUGUUCACUGAAGCACUACUUCGCCCAUGAGCUAAAUAAUCAUUAAGAAAAUUAUGUUUAUUUGAUAUUAAACACGUAUUCCACAUGACUAAAUUCAAAUCAAAUAGUAUGAAGCAAAUCCUGUUAUUGGCUUUUUCACUGGUCGAUACAAUGCAGGGAUUGAACGAUUUAGACAUUUAUUUUUUUAAUUAAUAUUUAUUUUCUUUAGAGGUGCAGU